AUCUCCCUUCGAUAAAAAGAGGAAAAGUAAUGUGAUUCAUCCAUCCCUUAAACUAAAGUUGGCAUAUGAUGAUGAUGCUCCAUGCAUUCUUCUUCCCUCUCUCAAUAAGUACUCGCACUUUCAGCGUGCCCGGCCCCAAUUUCUAACGGCCCCAAGCACCACCGGCAAUGGCGAACCCCGCCUCCUCCCGCCGCCUCGACCUCCCUUCCCACACCUCCCCCUCCUUCCGCCGCCGCUUCCGCUGGAGCGGCGUGAGGCCCCUUCCGCUCCUCGCCUCCGCCGCCGUCGGCCUCCUCCUCCAAUUCGCCGUCCCCAGGCCCGCCGCCCUCGACCCCAAAGCCUGGUCCCUCCUCUCCAUCUUCAUCGCCACCGUGGCCGGUCUCAUCCUCAGCCCUCUCCCCGUCGGCGCGUGGGCGUUCGUCUGCCUGACCCUCACCGUCGUGACGAAGACCCUCACCUUCGCCGCGGCCUUCUCCGCCUUCACCAACGAGGUCAUAUGGCUGAUUGUCGCCUCGUUCUUCCUCUCCCAGGGAUUCGUGAAGACGGGGCUCGGGGAUAGGGUCGCCAUGUUUUUCGUGAGGUGGCUCGGGAAGAGCACGCUGGGGUUGUCGUGCGGCCUGGUUCUGGGGGAACUCGCGAUUUCGCCGGGGAUGCCGAGCUCGACGGCGAGGGCCGGUGGUGUUUUCCUGCCGAUUAUUAAGUCUUUGGCUCUGGGUGCCGAGAGUAAGCCCAAGGAUCCGUCGUCUAGGAAGCUCGGAGCUUUUCUAAUUCAGUCCCAAAAUCAGUGUAACAACUGCACAAGUGCUCUUUUUCUGACGGCGGCACUUGUUGUGCAUCAAAUUAGCUGAAAGUCUUGGGGUCAAAAUUUCAAACCAGUGGGUCACUUGGGUCAAGGCAUCUUGUGUGCCUGCUCUUAUUUCACUUUUAGUGACUCCAAUCAUUAUAUAUAAGAUAUAUCCUCCCGAGAUGAAAACCACUCCAAAUGCUCCUACAUUGGCUAAACAAAAAUUGGAACAGAUGGGUCCCAUGAAGAGGGACGAGUGGAUCUUGAUUGGAACCUUGCUCCUCACUAUUGCAUUUUGGAUAGCUGGGCAAGCUCUGAACAUGCCAAGCGUUGUAGCUGCCAUGAUAGGCCUAUCCAUACUCAUGUUGUGUGGGGUGCUCGAUUGGGAUGACUGCUUGAGUGAGAAGCAGGCAUGGGACAACCUGGCUUGGUUUGCGGUCUUAAUUGGCAUGGCCACGCAACUCACGACUCUUGGGCAUCCUCCAGGUUUCUUAUUUCUUCAUUCAAUGGCGUCGGGAGUUCCGGGUCUGUUGGCCGCACUUGCUUUGGCUUACAACACGAAUCUUUUUGGCGCGUUGGCUCAUUAUAGUAGUGGUCAAACUGCAGUUUAUUAUGGAGCUGGUUAUGUAGAGCUCCGUGACGUGUUUAUAUUGGGUAUUGCGAUUGGUCUAAUGCAAUUUGUGAUAUGAGCACUAGCUGGAGCUGCAUGGUGGAAACUUUUGGGACUUUAUUGAGAUGGAAAUGUGAAGGUUUUUCGGAACAGGAGAAUGAUCAAAUUGAAAUGCCGGUUGCCAGGAUCAGCUCAAACAAAGCCUACAUGUGUGUAUAUACUUAAUCUCAGGUGCUUAAGUUGAAUAUGAACUUGUUACACAAGGAAUAGUUUUAAGUUCAAGGUCUUCACAACUAGUCUGAUUUGUAAAGAGUAAAAGGGGAGAUAAUUUUGAUCAAGCAGCCCAGUAAUGAAAAAGAAUUUUAAAUUUUAUUUGUUUACUGACCUGUAAUAGCAUUUUUCUUCAGGCCGACAGACUAGCUCUUCUUGAUUUCAUAAGACUAGAAGGGAAAAGAGAGAAUAGAG